CGCCCCCUGGCCCCCCAUUCAAGAAGCGGCUCGGCUAACUCAGCCAGCAAAGGGCGCCCGGCGCGCCUCGGAGCGCACGUUCCGCGCCUUCUCCUGCCCGCAGGCUGGACAUUAUGCGGCGGAGCCGCCGAGCCCUAGUCCUCCGCCUCCUUCUCCUCCUCCUGCGGCCCGAGCGCCUCAGCUCACGGCAGGCGGCAGCGUUGCUCAGCGGAGCGCAGACGGGACCCUCUCUGCAGGACCUCAGCGACUCCUAAAGUCAAAAAGUUGGCGGCAGGGCGCCGGGGUUCCGCGCGCUCUCCACGGCCGCUGCCUCGCGUCGCCGCCAGCCACCAAAGCGGGCAGGAGGGAGGGGGUGGGAGAAGCGGGGGGAGGGGUGAGGAGCACCAUGCAGUUAGUAUCCUGGGCCACACUGCUAACGCUCCUGGUGCCGGACCUGGUUGAGAUGAGGAGCCCCGACUCCGCGGCGGCCGUGCGCAAGGACAGGCUGCACCCGAGGCAAGUGAAAUUAUUAGAGAGUCUGAGCGAAUAUGAGAUCGCGUCUCCCAUCCGAGUGAACCCCCUCGGGGAACCCUUUCCCACGAACGUGCACUUCAAAAGAAGGCGACGAAGCAUUAACUCUGCCUCUGACCCCUGGCCUGCCUUCGCCUCCUCCUCCUCGUCUUCCUCUACCUCUUCCCAGGAGCAUUACCGCCUCAAAGCCUUCGGCCAGCAGUUUCUAUUUAAUCUCACCGCCCAUACCGGAUUUAUCGCUCCACUGUUCACUGUCACCCUCCUUGGAGAGCCAGGGGUGAACCAGUCCAAACUGUAUUCCGAGGAAGAAAUGGAACUUAGGCACUGUUUCUACAAAGGCCAUGUCAAUACCAAGUCUGAGCACACUGCGGUCAUCAGCCUGUGCUCCGGAAUGAUGGGCACGUUCCGGUCUCACGAUGGAGAUUAUUUUAUUGAACCACUGCUGUCCGUGGAUGAGCAAGAGGAUGAGGAGGAACAGAACAAACCCCACGUCAUUUAUAGGCGCAACAACCCUCAGAGGGAACCCUCCACAGGAAAGCAUGCCUGUGACACCUCAGAACUCAAAAAUAGCUACAGUAAAGACAAGAGGAAAACCAGACUUCGAAAACGGAGAAAGAGGAAUAGCCUGGCUGACGACGUGGCAGCGUUAAAGAGAGGCAUGGCAACUAAGGCGUUCUCUGGUUAUAACAACAGGACAAAUGGCACGAGGGACAGAAGGAACCACAAAAGAACCAAACGCUUUCUGUCCUAUCCACGGUUUGUAGAAGUGAUGGUAGUGGCUGACCACAGGAUGGUUUUAUACCAUGGAUCAAACCUUCAGCAUUAUAUUUUAACCUUAAUGUCAAUUGUAGCUUCUAUCUAUAAAGACUCAAGUAUUGGAAAUUUAAUUAAUAUUGUUAUUGUGAACUUAGUUGUGAUUCAUAAUGAACAGGAAGGACCUUCCAUAAAUUUCAAUGCCCAGACAACAUUAAAGAACUUUUGCCAGUGGCAGCAUUCCAAGAACCACUUGGGUGGGAUUCAGCAUGACACAGCUGUUCUAGUCACAAGGGAGGAUAUCUGCAGAGCUCAGGACAAAUGCGACACCUUAGGUCUUGCCGAAUUGGGAACCAUCUGCGACCCCUACAGAAGCUGUUCCAUUAGUGAAGACAGUGGCUUGAGCACAGCGUUCACCAUAGCCCACGAGCUGGGCCAUGUGUUUAAUAUGCCUCAUGAUGACAGCAAUAAAUGCAAAGAAGAAGGCGUUAAGAGCCCCCAGCAUGUCAUGGCGCCAACACUGAACUUCUACACCAACCCCUGGAUGUGGUCCAAGUGCAGUCGGAAGUACAUCACCGAGUUCUUAGACACUGGGUAUGGAGAGUGCUUGUUAAAUGAACCUCAAUCCAGGACCUAUCCUUUGCCUUCCCAACUGCCCGGCCUUCUCUACAACGUGAAUAAACAAUGUGAACUGAUUUUUGGACCAGGCUCUCAAGUGUGCCCAUAUAUGAUGCAGUGCAGACGGCUCUGGUGCAAUAACGUGGAUGGAGCACACAAAGGCUGCAGGACUCAGCACACGCCCUGGGCAGAUGGAACCGAGUGUGAGCCUGGAAAGCACUGCAAGUUUGGAUUCUGUGUUCCCAAAGAAAUGGAGGGCCCUGCAAUUGAUGGAUCCUGGGGAAGUUGGAGUCACUUUGGGGCCUGCUCAAGAACAUGUGGAGGAGGCAUCAGAACAGCCAUCAGAGAGUGCAACAGACCAGAGCCAAAAAAUGGUGGGAGGUACUGUGUAGGGAGGAGAAUGAAGUUCAAAUCCUGCAACACCGAGCCCUGCCCGAAGCACAAGCGAGACUUCCGUGAGGAGCAGUGUGCUUACUUUGACGGCAAGCACUUCAACAUCAAUGGUCUGCUGCCCAGUGUACGCUGGGUCCCUAAGUACAGUGGAAUUUUGAUGAAGGACCGAUGCAAGUUGUUCUGCAGAGUGGCAGGAAACACAGCCUACUACCAGCUUCGAGACAGAGUGAUUGACGGAACCCCCUGUGGCCAGGACACAAAUGACAUCUGUGUCCAAGGCCUUUGCCGGCAAGCUGGAUGUGAUCAUAUUUUAAACUCAAAGGCCCGGAAAGAUAAAUGUGGGAUUUGUGGUGGCGAUAAUUCUUCAUGCAAAACAGUGGCGGGAACAUUUAACACGGUCCAUUAUGGUUACAAUACUGUUGUCCGAAUUCCAGCCGGUGCUACCAGCCUUGAUGUGCGACAGCACAGCUUCUCAGGGAAGUCCGAGGAUGACAACUACCUAGCUUUAUCAAACAGUAGAGGUGAAUUCCUGCUCAAUGGAGACUUUGUUGUCUCCAUGUCCAAAAGGGAGGUCCGCGUGGGGAGUGCCAUGAUUGAGUACAGUGGAUCCGACAAUGUGGUGGAAAGACUGAACUGUUCAGACCGUAUCGAGGAAGAACUUCUCCUACAGGUAUUGUCAGUGGGGAAGUUGUACAACCCAGAUGUGCGGUAUUCAUUCAAUAUUCCAAUUGAGGACAGAUCUCAACAGUUUUACUGGAACAGUCAUGGGCCGUGGCAAGCAUGCAGCAAACCCUGCCAAGGGGAGCGGAGACGAAAACUUGUUUGCACCAGGGAGUCUGAUCAACUUACCGUUUCUGAUCAAAGAUGUGACCGGCUGCCCCAGCCAGGACCUGUCACUGAAGCGUGUGGUACAGACUGUGAUUUGAGGUGGCACAUCGCCAGCAAGAGCGAAUGCAGUGCCCAGUGUGGUCUGGGUUAUCGUACUUUAGAUAUCCACUGUGCCAAAUACAGCAGGGUGGAUGGGAAGACGGAGAAGGUAGAUGACAGUUUUUGUGGCAGUCAACCCAGACCAAGCAACCAGGAGAAAUGCUCAGGAGAGUGCAGCACAGGCGGAUGGCGCUAUUCUGCCUGGACAGAAUGUUCUAAAAGCUGUGAUGGUGGUACCCAGAGAAGAAGAGCAAUUUGCGUCAACACCCGCAAUGAUGUCCUGGAUGACAGCAAAUGCGCACAGCAGGAGAAAGUCAUCGUACAGAGAUGCAAUGAGUUCUCCUGUCCUCAUUGGAAAACAGGAGAGUGGUCAGAGUGCUUGGUCACCUGUGGAAAAGGACAUAAGCACCGCCAGGUCUGGUGUCAGUUUGGUGAAGAUCGAUUAAGCGAUAGAAUGUGUGACCCCGAGGCCAAGCCGGAGCCCAUGCAGAUGUGUCAGCAGCCAGAGUGCGCAGCCUGGCAGGCGGGUCCCUGGGGACAGUGCAGUGUCACUUGUGGACAGGGAUACCAGCUAAGAGCAGUGAAGUGCAUCAUGGGGACUUACAUGUCAGUGGUCGAUGACAAUGACUGUAAUGCAGCCACUAGGCCAACCGAUACCCAGGACUGUGAACUAUCGUCCUGUCACCCUUCCAUACUCACCCUGGAACCAAGGAGACAUGUACACGGUGUACCCAGAACCCAGUGGCGAUUUGGGUCUUGGACUCCAUGCUCAGCCACUUGUGGAAAAGGUACCCGGAUGAGAUAUGUUAGCUGCCGGGACGAGGACGGUUCUGUGGCUGAUGAGAGUGCCUGUGCUACCUUGCCUAAACCAGUAGCCAAAGAAGAGUGUUCCGUGACACCCUGUGGACAGUGGAAGGCUCUAGACUGGAGCUCUUGUUCCAUGACUUGUGGGCAAGGUAAGGCGACCCGACAAGUGGUGUGUGUCAACUACAGUGACCACGUGAUCGAUCAGAGUGAGUGUGACCCAGAUUAUAUCCCAGAGACUGACCAGGACUGCUCUAUGUCACCAUGCCCUCAAUGGACUGGCUCGGCUUACCCAUUUCAAAACGAGGAUUUCCGUCCCAGGAGUGACAGCCCUAGCCGUACACACGUGCUUGGAGGAAACCAGUGGAGAACUGGCCCCUGGGGAGCCUGUUCUAGUACCUGUGCCGGAGGCUCCCAGAGGCGAGUUGUGGUGUGUCAGGACGAAAACGGAUACACAGCCACCGACUGCGUAGAGAGAAUCAAGCCUGAUGAGCAAAGAGCCUGUGAAUCUGGCCCGUGUCCCCAGUGGGCUUACGGCAGCUGGGGAGAGUGUACCAAGCUGUGUGGUGGAGGCAUGCGGACAAGACUGGUGGUCUGUCAGCGGGCCAAUGGUGACCGCUUCCCAGAUUUGAGUUGUGAAGUCCUCGACAAACCUCCUGACCGUGAACAGUGCAACACACACGCUUGCCCACAAGAUGCUGCGUGGAGUACUGGCCCGUGGAGCUCGUGUUCUGUCUCUUGUGGUCGAGGGCAUAAACAUCGAAAUGUUUACUGCUUGGCAAAAGAUGGAAGCCAUUUAGAGAGUGAUUACUGUAAGCACCUUCCUAAGCCACAUGGGCACAGAAGGUGCCGAGGAGGACGGUGUCCCCGAUGGAAGGCUGGCGCAUGGAGUCAGUGCUCUGUGUCCUGUGGCCAAGGAGUGCAGCAGAGGCAUGUGGGCUGUCAGAUCGGGACACACAAAACAGCCAGAGAGAGUGAGUGCAGUUCAUACAGCAGACCAGAGUCGGAGCGUGUCUGCCAAGCCUCACCAUGUCCUCUCUACACUUGGAGGGCAGAGCAAUGGCAACAAUGCACCAAGACGUGUGGAGAAGGUUCCCGGUACCGGCAGGUGGUAUGUGUGGCAGAGGACCAAAGUGAAGUGCACAGUGCACAUUGUGACUCAGACCAACGGCCUCCAGACCGUGAGAGCUGCAGCCUACAGCCCUGCGAGUACGUGUGGAUCACAGGAGAAUGGUCUGAGUGCUCAGUGACCUGUGGAAAGGGCUACAGGCAAAGGCUGGUCUCCUGCAGUGAGAUUUAUACGGGCAAGGAGAAUUACGAAUACAGCUACCAAACCACAGUGAACUGCCCAGGCACACAGCCUCCCAGCGUCCAUCCCUGCUACCUGAGGGACUGUCCUGUCUCGGCCACCUGGAGAGUUGGUAACUGGGGCAGUUGCUCAGUGUCCUGCGGCAUGGGAGUGAUGCAUAGAUCUGUGCAGUGUUUAACUAACGAAGAUCAACCCAGCCACUUAUGUCCCACUGAUAUAAAGCCAGAAGAAAGAAAAACCUGUCACAAUGUUUAUAACUGUGAGUUACCCCAGAACUGCAAGGAGGUAAAAAAACUCAAUAGCGCCAGCGUUGAUGGGGAAUAUUUCCUGGCUGUCAGGGGAAAGCCACUAAAGGUAUUCUGUGCAGGGAUGCAUUCUGACUAUCCCAAGGAGUACGUGACGCUGGCCCAUGGUGACUCGGAGAACUUCUCCGAAGUUUACGGGCACAGGUUGCACAACCCAACAGAAUGUCCCUAUAACGGGAGCCGACGGGAUGACUGCCAUUGCCGGAAGGAUUACACAGCUGCUGGCUUCUCCAGUUUCCAGAAAAUCCGAAUUGACCUGACCAGCAUGCAGAUCAUAACCACUGACUUAGAGUUUGCAAGGACAAGUGAAGGGCAUCCUGUUCCUUUUGCCACCGCUGGGGACUGCUACAGUGCUGCCAAAUGCCCACAGGGCCGUUUUAGCAUCAACCUUUAUGGGACCGGGCUGUCCUUAACCGAGUCUGCCAGAUGGACAUCACAAGGGAAUUAUGCCGUUUCAGACAUCAAGAAGUCUCCGAUCCCGACUGGAGAACCAGACGGUCCAACAUCUGCCUCCAGGCCGAGCUCAGCACUCAGGAGAUGAUGUUGGGACUCAUUCUCAUACCAGUCACUCCCACAAUCAAAUGCAUGAAAAAUGUUAAAGUGGAGAAGACAUUUUGUUCUCUCCUUUUAUUGUUAAAUUAGCACUGCUUUUCUUUCUCAUUCUCUCUUCUGGGUGGGGGGAAAAACCCUGAGGUUACCCAGUGCCAUUGUUUGCAAGAGACAUCACAAGUGGGCUGUAGGAACCAUUUUCUCAUGACCCUUGACCAGUUCUGGGGAUGAAGCCCAAAGAUAUGAGGGAUACGUGUGUUCAACUCAUUCACAAUUGUGGAGAAAGUACAGUUUUGUCCAAGGAGGCUUCGGGGCAGGGCUUAGUUAGCACGGUCCAUACAGAGAACAGAGUAUAGCGCUACAUUGCAGAAGGGGAUAUUUUCAAAGUGUGAAAAAGCAUCAGGGAAACGAAUUAGCAAGACAUUUACAGCUCAAAAGGAAAUCCAGCUUUGUUUCUCCAACUAUUCAUCUCAUCCAUUUAAUAAAUGUGUGGUUAGGAUCACUAUUGGCCUUGCACAGUCCUUGGUCCUAGAUGCUUCCAAAUUAGCAAGAUAGCACUUGUACACCAUGGGGCUUACAUCCUAGCAUGAAACAGGAUGCUAAAGAACACGAUCCAGUUGUGGGGAGCCAGCUGCAGAUAACAGCCAGUUAUGUCCCAGUGGAGGCUGCCCUUGAACUGAGUUACGGCACAUUUCCCAGGCGUUACCAGGCUGGGCAGCACAUACAGGAAAGAACAAACGAGCAUUUCAGCCGAGGCAGAAUGGCAUAUGCAAAGGUCCUGUGGAGGAAGGCUCAUGUCAUGUCAGAGGUGCAAUCCAAAGAAAUGCAGGUGUGGAAAAGACUGGCCGGAGACAAGUGUGCCAGGGUGGCCCAGUAUGGACGGUGUGGGGCUAGACUAGGGAUCAGCAACCCUAUUCAGGGAAAGGGCCAGAUAGAAAAGAUUUGGGGUUUUUGUUGUUGUUGCUGUUGUUGUUGCUGUUGAUGAUGAUGAUGAUGAUGAUGAUGAUGAUGAUGAUGGAUUUGGGGUUUUUCGAUUGGCUUUGCUUUUUUGCCAAAUGACAGGAUUAGUUAUAUAUAUGUAAUAUGUGUGUGUACAUAUCAAGAGACUACAGGCAUCCUCAAAAAUGUUAUCAUGUGGGCUGAAGAGAUGGCUCAAGGAUUAAAAGCACUUAAUUGUUCUUCCAGUGUAACCAGGUUCAUUCCUAGAAUCCCCAUUCCAGUCCCAGGAUGAUCUAAUGCCCUCUUCUGGCCUGCGCGCACGCACACGCGCACACACACACACACACACACACACACACACACACAAGUAAACCUUUUUUUUUUCCCUUAAAUGUUACUGUUGAAUUCUAAAGAUAACUGGGUAACAUUUCAACCCAAAUCUACCAAAGCUAUAAUGGAAUAUUGGAGAAGGAAAAUAUUUUGUCUCACUGAUAGUUUCUCUUAUCAAAAUUUAUGGUAACCAUUUGUCUGUUAAUGCUGAUGGGAAGGAGAUCUUACGUUUCGUGUUGGUAAAUGCCUUUUUACGUAGACAGCCAUUGCCAAACUCUGCUAUCUCUUCACAACUAUACAACUUUAAUCAAGCGUGCUCAUGUCUGCCAGGCAUUUGUAAAAUUUUACUAGAGUUUUCUUCUGGUGCUUGCUUGUUUACAAAGUUUAUUGUUUUGCUUGUGAGUGCCUGCCUGACUGCAUGAGCUUGACUUUCCAGAUGUGUGCGUGCAGGAGCUCAAGGAGGCUAGAACGCCUGACUCCUUGAGGCUGGAGUUAGAGCCAGUGUAAGCUGCCUGCUGUGGGUGCCAGAGAGCACUGAGCACUCGUAACUGCUGAGCCAUCUCUCCUGCACCCCAAUACCUGUUCUUCCAUUAAUCAUUUGCAACCGAAGGUGAUAUGGAAGCGUCUUGUUAAAUGGCCUGGUUAAGUGGCUUUUGAAAUAUGAAAAUGCUGUCCUCCACACACCACAGUGCAAGUCACACUAUUGCCUUUGCAGUUUGUGCUCAGGAUACAUAAUCACUGCCAGUGUGCACGGAAUAGAGAUGCAUCUCCUUGUUUUAACUUGUGAUGUCCCAGGUAGAGCAUUUAAAACACAACGUUGCUCGUUAUUCAAACAAUAUUACUUUGACAUAGUGUAAGGUUGUCUAUAAGGAUCAUCUCCCUCAGUUAUGGGCUAAUUUUCUUUGGAUAGCAAAGUUAACUUUCAAAGCCACUGAGGGUUCAGUUGUAGUGACCCGGAACAGAUUUUAUUCUCAUCUAUGACCUCAAAAAUGUAUUCAAAAUAUUGGCUGCUGUUCAGCUCUUACUACUUACAAUAGGACAAGUCAAGGGUUUGGACUCUAGGUCUCACCACAACUAAUCCUAAAACUGUGGGUGGCUGAAGGGAAGGGUACCACUGUUCAUCUCUCUCCCUGCUUUCUGACUGGGCCACCCAGUGUCUGUCUCGCUCUUUCGGGUAGCCUGCCACACUGCAAACUCACACUAGGCUGGACUGGAGGGAGGGAGCUUAGCUGGGAUGGUUGGGUGCAGACAGGAUCCAUGAGCAGCUUCGGAGAACUAGUUCAGUUUAUUGAGGGAAACAAAGACUAUUUAAAACUUUGGGGGUGCGUAGGGGAUAUCAUAUCGGGAUGAGUGCAUGUCAUUGGCUGGAGCUAGUCGCUGGGGAUGCCUCAUUUGCAUAAGAAAGAAUUCCGGGUGCUGCCAGACCGGACUUUAUAAGGGAAAAGGAAGUUUAGCCUGGCUACUGGCUAUGUGACCUCCUCUGGUAAGGCAAGGGUAGGAGCACAGGGCUGUGUCCUUCAGGACGUGCUGGCCCACUGGAGGGGUGAGGAGGUGGUGCAGGAGGUGAGGGUGCAGAGGUGGGGAAGCGAUCCUACUGCGGAUCUCAGGAUAGGAUUUUCGGGCUUUGGACGUGCCUCAGCCUCACUCCUGCCCCAGGUCUUCUCCUGGUCCCCGGGUUCCCUGGUCCCACACUCCCCGCCCUGCUGCCUCACUCCCCUCCUGCGGUAUGUUUUCCCACAUGUACUCUCAAACGGAGUCCUCAAUAAACCCUGCCUUCUCUCUUGAGCUGCUUCGAUUGGGUUCGUGUGGAUGAGAAAAGUUACCGAAAUCUCCAGGGAGUCUCUCGGUCCCUCUGCUCUGGUUCUUUCUCCACAUCUUGGAGAUCCCUGAAUCCAAGUCUGCUCCUCAGAGACAGUGCACACACAUUUAUCCUAGUCAUUGUACAGUGAGUAUUGUCUCCUUGAAUAAACAGCAAGGUCUUUUGACUCAUCAGAAGUCAAAAAAUACCUACACAAAGCGACCUCCCUUGCUCCUCACUAACUAAUGGUCUGACUCCUGUUCUCAGGCACUUUAGAGAACCCCUUCUUCUUGCCAAGAGCCGAUUUUCUUAAGCUGGUUUGCUUCCCCUGCAUAUGCUAAUUCAGUUCUUGCUGUUAAGUAAAAUAUAAUUAACUCAGCCGGCAAAUUAUUUUUCUUAUUUUGCUAAGAAUUGAGGCACACGGAAUGCACCUAUUCCCACUUUUUGGUUUUGUGAGCAAACUACAUUGUGUUGAUAUUCUAUCUUAAAUUUUCCACACUUUGAUGGCAGCUUUCUCAUAAGUUGGAAAUACUGUGACAAGUGCUUAGGGUGGGGAUGUCGGUGUCUGGUUUUUUUUCCCCCUUUAAGCAUACUUGUAAUGCUGUUGUGCAAUAACACAAUAAUUCGUUGCCUAAAAUUAAUUAAUCACAGAACACUCCACAUCCCCCUGUAUCUUAAAAGCAGGACAUUUAAAACCCACUGCCCUCAUCUUUUUAUUUUCUUGAUGUAUCGUGGUCUGAUGGGCUUGUUCGUGUAUUAGUGAUUCGUCCCAAUGAUGUGACAAAAUGUCUAAUAAAAACAAUUGAAAAAAAGAAGGAUUUAUCCUGGCUGUCUGAGGGUACACUGUCCAUCUUUGUGAGGAAGGAUGGCGAUAGGAGCAGGAAGCGAUACAGCGAUCACAUUUAAUCCACAGCCAGAAAACGAAAGAUGAAUAGGAAAACGCAUGCUUUCGUGAUUCUUCCCCACAACUGACUCAGCCUGAGCUCUGAGCCCGUAUUUUAGACUGCUGUUCCCUCCUCUGAGACAUAUCCAGACGUGCAUUUCUAGGUGAUUCUAAAUCCAGACAAGGCGACAAUGAAGAUUUACCAUCGCCACUGUAGUAAGAAACUAAUGAAAACACUGUGAUCUAGCAAUGCACCUCACACCUGUCACAUAGUCGAGUUGGGGCUGCGCUGCUGGAUUCAUGGUGUAUUGAGCAGUAGCUUGGAACUACAAACUACCCAUUCCUCUUAGUACACCAUGAAAGCAGCUACAGGCUUUAGAGACAUGAGUGAUGCUGGCUGUGCCAAAAUUUGAAUCGUGUACAAUUUUUAGGUGUCAAGAUAAACUUAUCAUAGUUUUUCUCAACUCUGUAGAAAGGCAAAACUAAACAGGCAUCGAGGCGCAUACCUAUAAUUCCAUACCCAGGAGGCUGAAGCAAGCCUGGAUAUAUAGCAAGACCCUUGCUUCGUAUCAGACAAACUAAAAGGCAAAUGCCACUCUAGCUUUUAGGACAUUCGGAAACAGGCGAUGGCCUGGAUUUGACCCUGUGAGCCUAGUCUGCUGACCUAUGCAAUUAGAUCAUUAUGGGUGUGUUGAGUUUCAUUUCAGUACUUACUAUGGGUACAAGAAUUACUUUCCAUCAAAACCACCACAAGUCCCAGAAACAAUAACCUCGCACGCUGUCUAAGAUGAU